CUCCUAUUAACUGCUUCGACAGAGUCUGUCUGCCCAGGUAACGGAGCUCGUUUGUCUUGUCGAGCUGGUUUUUCGCGAUUGAGAGGCGUGGGUAGUAGCAAGACGCGCGGUAUACCCAUCAAACAGACGGAGAUCUUACGUCAGUGCCAGUGUUGGAGCAGGGCGAGGACAAGGACGACGAGGUUGGACCACGACGGCCAUCGUUCGGGGCUUACAUCAUCCAAGGGCCAGUUCCAUCUCCAUUAUACGUGAUUGUCACUGCAGCGGAAUAGCAGAGCAGUAGACGCGGAACUCGGAAAGAGACACAGAGAGCGAGCACAAUGCCCACCAAGUCGUCGUACCCGGACAUCCAGAUCCCCAAUGUCGACCUUUGGGGGCUGAUGUUUGAGCAGCCCCGGGAAUUCCCCGACUCUCAAGUCAUCUACCGCUCCGUGGACUCGUCGCGGCACUACACGUGGGCCGAUGUCAAAGAAGCCGCCACGGCGUUUGGAGGUGGUCUGCGCAACCUCUGGGACUGGGAGAAGGGCGACGUGCUGAACAUCUACGCGCCCAACGACGUCGACUUUGCCCCCAUCGUCUAUGGCGUCUUCUUCGCCGGCGGCAUCGUGUCGCCCGCGAACCCCGCGUAUUCGGCCGACGAGCUGUCCUUCCAGCUGUCCAACUCCGGGUCCAAGGCGAUCGUGACGACGACGGACUUCCUGCCCACGGCCCUGAAGGCGGCCAAGAUGUCCAACAUCCCCGAGGACCGCGUGAUCCUGCUGGGCAGCAAACGCGAUCCGUCGCACCGGGUCAAGCACUGGACCAACAUCCGCAAGACGUCGGGCGCGACCCGCUACAGGCGGCGCAAGAUGGAUCCGGAUAACGAGCUGGCUUUCCUCGUCUACAGCUCGGGGACGACCGGUCUGCCGAAAGGAGUCAUGCUGAGCCACCGCAACAUCAUUGCCGACGUACUCAUGAUCAAGGGAGCCAUGGGCAAGUGGUACUCGAGCGGGAACGACAAGAUCCUCGGGGUGUUACCAUUCUACCACAUUUACGGCCUCACGGGACUGAUCCAUCAGCCUCUGCAUCGCGGCAUUGAGCUUGUGGUGAUGCCCGCGUUCAAUCUCGAGGUGUUUUUGAAGGCCGUCCAGGAGCACAAGAUCACGUUCAUUUACGUUGCGCCCCCGGUCAUUGUGCGGCUGUCUCGGGACGAAAUUGUCGACAAGUACGACCUGAGCAGCGUGAGGAUGAUCACGAGCGGUGCAGCUCCUUUGACUCGAGAACUGGUCGAUGCCGUCCACAAGAGACUGAAGAUCAAGAUCAACCAGGCCUAUGGAUUGAGCGAAACUUCCCCCAUGACGCACACACAGCCCUGGGAUGAAUGGUACUCGUCCGUGGGAAGUGUGGGCAAGAUGUUCCCGAGUAUGACGGCCAAGUAUAUAUCGCCCGACGGGAAAGAACUUGGGCCCGGCGAGGCCGGAGAGCUAUGGCUGUCUGGACCGAACGUUUUCAAGGGGUAUUGGAAGAACGAGCAAGCGACCAAGGACGCCAUCACGGAAGACGGCUAUUUCAAGACCGGGGACGUGGGCUUCCAAGACAAAGACCACAAUUUCUACAUCACGGACCGAGUCAAGGAGCUGAUCAAGUACAAGGGGUUCCAGGUACCCCCAGCCGAGCUCGAGGGCAAACUGAUGGAUCACCCUGGGAUCAACGACGUCGCGGUGAUUGGGGUGUACGACGAAUUCCAGCACACCGAAGUGCCUCGGGCUUACGUGGUGGCCAGCGAUCGCAGCAAGACCAGUGAGAAGGACGCAGAAGAGAUCGUGCAAUGGCUGGCAGGCAAAGUGGCCAAUCACAAAAGACUGCGAGGCGGCGUGAGGUUCAUUGACGAGAUUCCAAAGAGUGCUGCGGGUAAGAUCCUGCGGAGAUUGCUCAAGGAUAAGGCUAAGGAGGAAGAUGGAGGGAACAAGGUCAAGGCGAAACUCUAGGGUUGGUCGGGGGUUCGGAGGAGGUCUGGACGGGUCGAGCGAGGGGUAUGUGUCCAUAUGUUUUCCAUCUUCCGCCUCUUUUUUUUUUCUUUCUGUGGCAAGAUUUCUCUCAUGUACCUACAGGGGAGUACCAGAUGUGGCGGACGCGGAGUGUAUACGAGUUGGGAUGUAGUUCGAUGCGGCUGAUGGCCAAGGCGAAUACGAGUGACAAGCUUUUUCGCGACAGGACCUGAUUCGGGAGUUCUGUGCCGAUUAAGCCUCUGAACAGCGGGCUGGGCAUCUCUUUUCUGUUAGAUGCUGUGUAGAUGAAAAAGAACGUACCUUGCUCGCUGGGCCACCCACUCGCCUCAAGAAGAAUGGAG